AUGACAAAAAGCUUUGUUAAAAUCGCUCCCAAAAUUCCCAUUACCUUUCAACCCAUUGUAUAUUCAAAUAUCCCGUUCGAAACCAACAACAAUCAACACCAUAUAUCUAAUAAUUAUACAAAUGGACAAAAACAAUCAAAACCGCAAUACAAAUCAAAAGAAAAUAAUAAUCAUCAAAAUCACCUUAAGAAUCUCGGGUGCAUUAAUUCACAAGACCGUUUCCCCUACGAUUACUUGCACCCGGAACAAAUAUCCACGAAGGUCGGCUUUAAUGACGCGAUUGAGACAAUCGAGAAAAAUGCGCUUUGCUCAAGCAAACAAAAUAACAUAACUGCAAUUGAUAAAAAAUCCAACACUAACCAAAUAUUGAAAACUAAGCGUAAGUUUUUGUGGAGAGAAACCAAUCCUGAAAGUCAAAUUCAUAAACAUAAGCAAGCCAAAUUCAAUAUCAACAAGAAUUUACCUAACAAAAUUCCUCCACAACUAUCAAAUAACAAAAUUGAGCCAUGCCAACCUAAAAAGUCUUCAACCAAAGUAUAUUUGGAUGAAGAUUCAUUAUCCGAAAUUGCUGAUCGAGCAUUCAAACAAUCAAAAAAAAACAGCGAUCAACAAUCAAUCGACUCUACUUCCUCUUACAUUCAACAUCCUUUCAACACUUUUUCUCACUAUCCCUUUGUACCAAAUUAUCCGAAUUCCUUACAAUUCACAAAUUCACAGACGUAUCUCAAUAAUAAUCUCGGUUUGCCAACUACAGAAACCAAAUUCGACUUUCAUUUAUAUAAUAACUACAACAGCAGCAGCAGCAUUGAUUCCAAUAUUAAUAUUAACUUUCGUAGAGAUUUCCCGAAACCUUCAUCUCUCAUUGGAUAUUCCUACGAUAACAAUGUCCAUCAAUCAGAUUACUAUUUAAAGUAUCCACAAAAUCAUAACUACAUGUAA